AUCCAAAUAUUAUUGCUAUGGGAUUUCCUGCAGAAAGACUUGAAGGUGUGUACAGGAACAAUAUUGAUGAUGUAGUAAGGUUUUUGGAUUCAAAGCAUAAAAACCAUUACAAGAUAUACAAUCUAUGUGCUGAGAGACAUUAUGACACCGCCAAAUUUAACUGCAGAGUUGCACAGUAUCCUUUUGAAGACCAUAACCCACCACAGCUAGAACUGAUCAAACCCUUUUGUGAAGAUCUUGACCAAUGGCUAAGUGAAGAUGACAAUCAUGUUGCAGCAAUCCACUGUAAAGCUGGAAAGGGACGGACUGGUGUAAUGAUUUGUGCAUAUUUAUUGCAUCGGGGCAAAUUUUUAAAGGCACAAGAGGCCCUAGAUUUUUAUGGGGAAGUAAGGACCAGAGACAAAAAGGGAGUAACUAUUCCCAGUCAGAGGCGCUAUGUAUAUUAUUAUAGCUACCUGUUAAAGAAUCACCUGGAUUACAGACCAGUGGCACUGUUGUUUCACAAGAUGAUGUUUGAAACUAUUCCAAUGUUCAGUGGCGGAACUUGCAAUCCUCAGUUUGUGGUCUGCCAGCUAAAGGUGAAGAUCUAUUCCUCCAAUUCAGGACCCACGCGCCGGGAGGACAAGUUCAUGUACUUUGAGUUCCCUCAGCCAUUGCCUGUGUGUGGUGACAUCAAAGUAGAGUUCUUCCACAAACAGAACAAGAUGCUCAAAAAGGACAAAAUGUUUCACUUUUGGGUAAAUACGUUCUUCAUACCAGGACCAGAGGAAACCUCAGAAAAAGUGGAAAAUGGAAGUCUUUGUGAUCAGGAAAUCGAUAGCAUUUGCAGUAUAGAGCGUGCAGAUAAUGACAAGGAGUAUCUUGUACUCACCCUAACAAAAAACGAUCUUGACAAAGCAAACAAAGACAAGGCCAACCGAUACUUCUCUCCAAAUUUUAAGGUGAAAUUAUACUUUACAAAAACAGUAGAGGAGCCAUCAAAUCCAGAGGCUAGCAGUUCAACUUCUGUGACGCCAGAUGUUAGUGACAAUGAACCUGAUCAUUAUAGAUAUUCUGAUACCACUGACUCUGAUCCAGAGAAUGAACCUUUUGAUGAAGAUCAGCAUUCACAAAUUACAAAAGUCUGAUUUUUUUUCUUAUCAAGAGGGAUAAAAUACCAUGAAAAAAAAAAACUUGAAUAAACUGAAACGGACCUUUUUUUUUUUUUUUUAAAGGCAAUAGGACAUUGUGUCAGAUUGCAGUUAUAGGAACAAUUCUCUUCUCCUGACCAAUCCUGUUUCACCCUAUACAUCCACAGGGUUUUGACACUUGUUGUCCAGUUAAAAAGGUUGUGUAGCUGUGUCAUGUAUAUACCUUUUUGUGUCAAAAGGACAUUUAAAAUUCAAUUAGGAUAAAUAAAAGAUGGCACUUUCCCGUUUUAUUCCAGUUUUAUGAAAAGUGGAGACAGGCUGAUGUGCAUACAUAGGAGUUUUUCCUUUAUUUUUCUGUCACCAGCUGAAGUGGCUGAAGAGCUCUGGUUCCUGGGUUCACGUCCUACCCCUUUGCACUUGUGGCAACAGAUAAGUUUGCAGUUGGCUAAGAGAAGUUUCUGCAGGGUUUUGCUACAUUCUGAUGCAUGCACUUGGGUUGGGAGAAUGGAGGGAGUGCUCAGAAAGGAAUGUUUCUAGCUGGGCUCUGGACCACAUUCCAUCUCCAGCUCCUUAGAUGCACCUUUCUUUAGCAUGCUCCACUUACUAAUCUGGACAUCCGAGAGAUUGGGCGCUGUCCUGCUGUUUGUUUGUGCGUUUUAAAGAGCAUAUUGGUGCUAGAAAAGGCAGCUAGAGUGAGUACAUUUGUAUUGGGGUACAGGAAUGAACCAUCUACAGCAUCCUAAGAAUCCACAAAUGAAGGGAUAUAAAAAUAAGGUGGUCAUAGAUAAGAGACACAGCAACAAUGACUUAACCAUACAAAUGUGGAGGCUUUCAACAAAGAAUGGGCUGGAAACAGAAAAUUUGACAAUGAUUUAUUCAGUAUACUUUCUCAGUUGUAAUGACUGCUCCAUCUCCUAUGUAAUCAAGGCCAGUGCUAAGAGUCAGAUGCUAUUAGUCCCUACAUCAGUCAACAACUUACAUUUAUUUUUAUUAAUUUUCAAUCAUAUACCUACUGUGGAUGCUUCAUGUGCUGGCUGCCAGUUUCUUUUUCUCAUUAAAUAUUUUGUAAUUCUUCACAGGAAAUUUCAACUUGAGAUUCAACAGUAAGCAGGUUUUUUUCCUAGAGAUUGAUGAUGCGCGUCCUCAGUCCAGUGGCUGUCAGAUGUCCUGCCCUUUUGACCUUACACAUUCUAUUACAAUGAGUUUUGCAGUUUUGCACAUUUUUUAAAUGUCAUUAACUGUUAGGGAAUUUUACUUGAAUACUGAAUACAUAUAAUGUGUAUAUUAAAAAAAGUCAUUGUUUGUGUUAAAAAAGAAAUUAGAGUUGCAGUAAAUUUUCAGCACUGCACGAAUAAUAAGGCAUUUAAGUUUUUCAGUAGAAAUUGUCCUACAGAUGCUUUAUUGACUUGCUAUUGGAAGAAUAGACCUUCUUAAAUGUGCAGUGUUGAGUCACUUCGUUAUAGUGGUAGAGUUGGGAUUAGGGCUUCAAUUUCACUUCUUAAAUAUCAUUAUAUGUUUGCUAUGCCCAGACUGCAUACAGUUUAAAGCAAGAGUAUAACUGCUAUUGUAAUGGUGAUGUGAAGAUACUAUUAAAAAGGAUGUUUCCCCCUUGGGAAUUUGGUGUCUUUCAAAUUAUAUCUUGACCUUGACAUUUGAAUAUCCAGCCAUUAUAUUUCUUAAUGGUGUGAAGUCCCAUUUUCAAUAACUUAUUGGUGCUGAAAUUGUUCACUAGCUGUGGUCUGACCUAGUUAAUUUACAAGUACAGAUUGCAUAGGACCCACUAGAGAAGCAUUUAUAGUUCGAUGGUAAGUAGAUUAGGCAGAACGUCAUCUAAAAUAUCCUUAGAAAAUAAUGUUGAUGUAUUUUCCAUACCUCAUCAGUUUCACUCAACCAAUAAAGUUUUUAAAAGUGUAACAAAGUUCUUAGGAUUUACACAUUUAUAUUUAAACAUUGAUACAUGAAUAUUGACUGACUGUUGAUACAGUGAUAAAGUUAGAGACAACUUUUCCUAAGAUCUCACCAUUGAAAUCUGUAUACCCCCCUUGUCUUUCCUCAAAGCUGAAAGUGGCUGAAUAAAUAGCAAAGCAGCUGUUGAUGUUUUGGAGAUAGUGAUGAACACUGUUCUUUGUUAGUUUUGGGCACAGCAUGCUAAACUAUAACUUGUAUUGUUCCAAUAUGUAACACAGAGGGCCAGGUCAUGAAUAAUGACAUUACAAUGGGCUGUUGCACUGUUAAUAUUUUUCCUUUGGAAUGUGAAGGUCUGAAUGAGGGUUUUGAUUUUGAAUGUUUCAGUGUUUUUGAGAAGCCUUGCUUACAUUUUAUGGUGUAGUCAUUGGAAAUGGAAAAAUGGCAUUAUAUAUAUAUUAUAUAUAUAAAUAUAUAUAUUAUACAUACUCUCCUUACUUUAUUUCAGUUACCAUCCCCAUAGAAUUUGACAAGAAUUGCUAUGACUGAAAGGGUUUUGAGUCCUAAUUAAAACUUUAUUUAUGACAGUAUUCACGAUUAGCCUGAAAUGCAUUCUGUAGGUAAUCUCUCCCGUGUUUCUGGAAUGCUUUCCUAGACUUUUUGGAUGUGCAGCAGCUUACGUGUCUGAAAUGACUUGAAGGCAUCACCUUUAAGAAGGCUUACAGUGGGGCCCCGUACAUCCCAAGUCCUCUGUAAUUCCUCUUGGACAUUUUUGCCAUAAUUGUAAAAGGGUAGUUGAAUUAAAUAGCAUCACCAUUCUUUGCUGUGGCACAGGUUAUAAACUUAAGUGGAGUUUACCGGCAGCAUCAAAUGUUUCAGCUUUAAAAAUAAAAGUAGGUUACAAGUUACAUGUUUAGUUUUAGAAAAUUUGUGCAAUAUGUUCAUAACGAUGGCUGUGGUUGCCACAAAGUGCCUCGUUUACCUUUAAAUACUGUUAAUGUGUCAUGCAUGCAGAUGGAAGGGGUGGAUCUGUGCACUAAACGGGGGCUUUUACUCUAGUAUUUGGCAGAGUUGCCUUCUACCUGCCAGUUCAAAAGUUCGAUCUGUUUUCAUAUAGAAUAUAUAUACUAAAAAAUACCAGUCUGUAAAACAGCCUUACCCUGAUUCAGCCUCUUCAGAUACUCUUGUGCUGUGCAGCAGUGGCUCUGUGUGUAAAUGCUAUGCACUGAGGAUACACAAAUAUGACGUGUACAGGAUAAUGCCUCAUACCAAUCAGAUGUCCAUUUGUUACUGUGUUUGUUAACAACCCUUUAUCUCUUAGUGUUAUAAACUCCACUUAAAACUGAUUAAAGUCUCAUUCUUGUCAUUGUGUGGGUGUUUUAUUAAAUGAGAGUAUUUAUAAUUCAAAUUACUUAAAUCCAUUAAAAUGUUCAAUAAUGGGCAGCCAAAUAUGAUUACAAAGUUUCUGUAUGUUUUUCUAUUUUUCCCCCCUCGUUGCUAUCCUUCCAAGCAGAGGAUCUUUCUGUCAUCUUGGUAGACACAUACCUGUCUACUCAUGGUUAAGAAGAGCAUUUUAAGCCUUAGUCAUCACUUAAUAAGUUAUUCCAGGCACAGUAAAAAAGUUCAAGGUUCUGGGAAAACGGUGCUUAUUUAUUUCUCUUUUAUAAAGCCAGAUGUCUGAGGAUAGCCCCCACCCCCCACCCUGAGAACGGGCUUGACAAGACUCAGGUCAGUUCUGUGGCUUUCUGUUCUUUAACUCUGCAGUUGGCCAUCAGCACAGGGGAGGUUUCAUCUCCUUUCUAAAAUUCUAACAGUCUAAGGAGUAAGGCAUAUCCUUUGAAUAAAACAGUGAAAUAGCUUGUGAUGUUUUAGAAGUGAGCAGAUCAUUAAUGUCAAUGUGGAAUCUUAAUGUUAUGUAAAGUUGAUAGUUUCUCUAUGACCCAUUUAAAAAUAUAAACUGAGUAGCAAUGGAAUUGUGUAAAGAAAUAUGAAGAUUGUAUGUAGUCACACAUUUUCUUUAGAAUUCUUAGUUUGAUGGGUGAAAACUUGAAUAUAAAGGUAUUUUGAUUUAUAUGAUAUUUUGAUGAUAUUUGACAAAAGGAAUUUCCUGGCAUUUUGCUUUUAGAUCAUGUCCCCAUUGUACUGUAAUGUAAGCUGACUUGCCUCAGUGAAUGCCAUCACCAUUUCCAUUGAGAAUUUAAAACUCACCAGUGUUUAACAUGCAGGCUUCUGAAGGGCUCCCAGAGAAUCAGACCUGUAAGCCCAGUUGAUUUUACUUCUAACAUGAAACUUGGAGUUCCUUUAUACUUUGUUAGAUAAUUUGUGGUACAUCUAAAGCAGAGUCUCAAGUGGCUUGUGUGUCGAUUUUUAUUUAACAUUGUUGUUGCUAGGGCCGAGAGAAAUGUUGCUAAGUAGAAAUAAGAGUACGCAGUCCCUAAAAUCUGGACACAGAGUAAAGGAACACUUUAGGAGUCAAGAGGCUGAUGUUCCUAUGGACUUACAUUGCAACAGGAAGCCUACUAGCAUAGUUCCUUUUACUGCUAGAAUACAUUUUUAUGGCUGUGCUAUAGCUGCUUUUCCAUCUUUCAACAACAGGUAUCAGGAUGUAAGCGGGUAGCUUUAAACAGUGUGACGAUGACAGGAUAAUGUCAUCAAUAGCAGUCCUCUGGCUCUUAAUGUAGUUGUUCUGUGGACAGUGUCUGACUGAAACAUCACAAUUCUCAUGUCCUUGGAGACAUACCCCUUAUUAAUAUAUUUUAGUGACUAAGCAAUCAUUUUUCUGUUUACUCAUGUGCAUUUUCUCUUUAAAACUAAAAUCUGUACUGUGUAUGUCUCCAAAGCCUUUUAGCUUAGUUUUUAGGAAAUGAAAACUGACUGGAUUACUUUUUAGUAUAGCAGGUAUGGGAUAUGUGCAUUAUAGAGAGACCUUGCCAGUUCUCUGGGCCUAUUUGAAUGUUUAUUGCUGGUGUGAGGAUGAUGGGUGAAUCAGUAAAUACAAGUUACCUUGGUUUAGCAGAGAGAGUUCAAUGUGGGUAUUUUUCUCUGAAGCAUGGUGCGUGGAGCACUGUGAGCAGUGAACUUGGUUACCCUUCGAUUCCUCUUGCAUUUUGCAAACUGUUGCACAACAAAUGCAUACCUACCUUGCCCCCUAAGUAAAAGCAAGAACUACUACUGAUUUCUCACUCGGCUGUCUUUUUAAUGUGUGCUUCUGUGCCAUGUACCACACAAGAAUCUUAAAGAUCUCACAAAUUGUUACCUUUUAGCUCUGAAUGUUUAGUAGUCUGGUGGGCUUACAACAAAACAGACUCCUGACAGUCAUUUGAGAAUUUUCAUGAAACAUUUAGCUUGAAAACAUUUUAUAAUUUCUAAAAAAGAGUGUGUUACCUUAAGAAACUUUUACGUAUGUGGGAGACAUUAACUGCCAUAUUUGAGCAUACUGAAUUUCAAAUUUAAAAUAAAGCUGCAUAUUUUUAAAUGAAAUGUUUAACAAGGAUUCAUACGUUUUGUUUUUUAAGAUUAAAAAUAAUUUAUGUCUUAUGUGGAAUCUCAUCUGUCACAAUGGUUAGAUUAUGCAGAAUGGAGCAAGACUUGCGGUUCAGCUUACAGUAAAAUUCUUAAUGUUUAGAUGUGUUUACUUACUGGCUGUCAUGUAUACUUUUGAGAUUUUUCUGCCUGUUCUGUGCAGUUUCCUAAAUGAUACUCCUGCUUAAAAAUAGUAUUUUAGUAUCUAUUUUCUGUCUCCAUUAAAUGGUUCUCAUUUUCUAUUGAGUUUGCAAGUGUGCAUAUUGUGUGUGUAUGUGUGUGUAUGUGUGUCUAUUUGUAGGGUGUGUAUGGGAGAAUUAGUUUUAAAGUGCUAGAAUAGAGAUGAAAUUUGGUUCAAGUAAAAUUUUCCCACUGGGAUUUUGCAGUUUAUUGUAAUAAAAUGUUAAUUUUGGAUGAUCUUGAAUAUUAAUGAAUUUGUUAGCCUCUUGAUGUGUGCAUUAAUGAGAUAUAUCAAAGUUGUACAUUAAACCAAAGUUGGAGUUGUGGAAGUGUUUUUAUGAAGUUCCGUUUGGCUACCAAUGGACAUAAGACUAGAAAUACCUUCCUGUGGAGAAUAUUUUUUCUUUAAACAAUUAAAAAGGUUCAUUAUUUUUGA